GAGAGAGAGAGAAGGGGGGCGGGGGGUUAAGGAGAGGAAUGCUGCAGGAAAAAUCAGCACAGAUCUGGUGUAUCCACUGAACGGACAGGCGGCUCAAAUGCCGCGUAGGAUUCCUCACGCCCAUAAAACGCGAUCGAGACAAGCGGACUGUGAGCCUGCGAGCUGCUCGGGAAGAAAGAAGAUCCCUGAAUGGACAGCAUGGUUUAAUCUUUUUUCUCUCUCUUGAUGGAAGAGGAGUAGCUGGAAUGCACCGCUGCUUCUGCUGCUGCUGCUGCUGAAGACCUUAACGUUCCAUUCGGGGCCGUUUCCUCUGAGCUCAAGAGCUCCGGCAAUUUAUGUUGGCAUCGUUUGAUUGCUUUAAGCAUAGCCCCGAUUCCAGCUUGUUAUCGCUUUAGAAUACAACUCCAUCGAGAUUCUUGUCAGAGACAAAGAGAAUAAACACAUAGAGGAGAGGGGAUUCGUUUGUUUACGCGCGUUCACAAACGUAAACAAAAGCAGGAGAAUCAAAGUCCUUGCUUUCCCUGCGUGUUCCUUUUGCGCUCUUAGCCCGCAUUCAUUUGAAGAGACUCUGGGUUACUGGACGUCAGGUAAAACGAAAUUUUAAAAUACAAAUCAAAACAGCAUCCAUUAAAACUCAUCCUUAUUAAUGACGUGAUGGUAACUAAAUGCAAAACAUUCCCUCUGGAUUAAAGUUUCACACUGUAAAGGUAAGCAGUUGCCUGUUCUCGCAUCAUCAUGGUUGUUUUCAACGGCUUGCUGAAGAUAAAAGUCUGCAAAGCUCUGGACCUGAAGCCCACACCAUGGUCAUUGCGCCACGCAGUGGGCCCCAAGACCCAGACCUUCUUGCUGGACACAUACAUUGCCCUCAAUGUGGAUGAUUCACGUGUAGGCCAGACCUCCACCCGGCAGAAGACCAACAGCCCGGCAUGGAACGAUGAGUUUGUCACAGAAGUUUAUGAUGGAAAGAAGAUCGAACUCUCAGUUUUCCAUGACUCCCCAAUCGGCUAUGAUGACUUUGUGGCCAACUGCACCAUCCAGUUUGAAGAUUUGCUGCAGAAUGGAAGUAGACACUUCGAAGACUGGAUUGACCUGGAGCCUGAGGGCAAAGUCUAUGUCAUCAUCGAAUUGUCAGGAUCCUCCAGUGAAGCUGCUACAUCUGGGGAAAAUGAAGAGCGAGUGUUCCGUGAGCGCAUGCGACCCCGUAAACGUCAGGGGGCAGUGCGCAGACGUGUCCAUCAAGUGAACGGACACAAAUUUAUGGCCACUUACCUGAGACAGCCCACCUACUGCUCCCACUGUCGUGACUUCAUCUGGGGUGUAUUAGGAAAACAGGGAUACCAGUGUCAAGUGUGUACCUGUGUAGUCCAUAAAAGAUGCCACGAGCUCAUCAUCACAAAGUGUCCUGGGCUAAAGAAGCAGGAUGACACUCCAGAGGAGGUUGGCUCUCAGCGCUUCAGUGUAAACAUGCCUCACAAGUUCAGUAUUCACAAUUAUAAAGUACCGACCUUCUGCGAUCACUGUGGCUCUUUACUCUGGGGGCUGAUGCGGCAAGGGCUGCAGUGCAAAGUUUGUAAAAUGAAUGUUCACCGGCGUUGUGAGACUAAUGUAGCUCCUAACUGUGGGGUGGAUGCGAGAGGGAUCGCAAAGGUUUUGUCCGAUCUUGGAGUGACACCAGACAAGAUCUCUAACAGCACCCAGCGCAGGAAAAAGUUGACUCCAGGGCAGGAUGCCCAGCCAUCCACCUCAGAGCCAACCUCCUCAGAAGAACUGGAUCGCUGCAAAUCAGCUCCGACAUCACCUUGUGAACAGGAACUGGCAGAGCUAGAAAGCAUCCGUAAGGCUUUGUCAUUCGGUCAAGAGCACAAGUCUUCCUCGUCCUCUUCUUCCAUGGCCACUGUGCUCCAGGGCACAGAGAAUGAGGGCCAUGAGAAUGGAGAUGUGAAGAGUGUUCAGUCGAAGAGGAUGAGCCUUGAUCACUUUUCCUUUAUCAAAGUGCUGGGCAAAGGCAGCUUUGGGAAGGUGAUGUUAGCUGAACUGAGAGGCACAGAUGAGGUGUAUGCUGUGAAGGUGUUGAAGAAAGAUGUCAUCCUGCAGGACGACGAUGUCGACUGCACCCUGACUGAGAAACGCAUCCUCGCACUGGCCAGAAAACACCCCUACCUGACCCAGCUUUUCUGCUGCUUCCAGACUAAGGAUCGGCUAUUCUUUGUAAUGGAAUAUGUGAACGGAGGAGACCUGAUGUUCCAAAUCCAGCGCUCAAGGAAGUUUGAUGAGGCCCGUUCACGUUUUUAUGCUGCUGAAGUCACGUCUGCCCUCAUGUUCCUGCAUCAAAAUGGAGUAAUCUAUAGAGACCUGAAGCUUGAUAACAUUCUCCUGGAUGCCGAAGGUCACUGCAAGCUGGCGGACUUUGGCAUGUGUAAAGAGGGAAUCCUAAAUGGUGUCACCACCACCACCUUUUGUGGCACUCCAGACUACAUUGCCCCUGAGAUUCUUCAGGAAUUAGAGUAUGGCCCAUCAGUUGACUGGUGGGCUCUGGGUGUGCUGAUGUAUGAGAUGAUGGCAGGUCAACCACCGUUUGAGGCUGAUAAUGAGGAUGAUUUGUUUGAGUCUAUUCUCCAUGAUGAUGUACUCUACCCGGUUUGGCUCAGCAAAGAGGCAGUCAGCAUCCUCAAAGCAUUUAUGACGAAGAGCCCGAAUAAGAGGCUGGGCUGUGUGUUGUCUCAGGGACUGGAGGAGGCCAUUAAAGUUCAUCCCUUUUUCCGGGAGAUAGACUGGGUCUUGCUGGAGCAGAGGAAGAUCAAACCUCCAUUUAAACCACGCAUCAAAACAAAGCGGGACGUAAACAACUUUGACCAGGAUUUCACACGUGAGGAUCCCACCCUUACCCCUGUGGAUGAUGCCAUUAUAAAGCAGAUCAACCAAGAGGAGUUCAAGGGCUUCUCCUAUUUUGGAGAAGAGGCAUUAUCUUAAAUGUCAGCCUCUCAGCACCUGUUCAGACACACAUACAUCUACAUUCUCUCACACACUCGCACACACACACAUACACACACAUGCAUAAAGACACAUAAACACACACAAGUGGUGAUAAAUGUGGACAGAAAUGCUGAUAUCGGGGUCGAGGCAAAAGGUCCGGGUGUGCGUCUGAAGCUACUACUGCUUUUGUUCUUCUCCACCUCCAAUUGCUUCCUCUUGCCUUCUUUCACCUCAGCUCUCUUUUUUUUCCAGCCUCAACAAUGCUCUGUUAAUUUAAAGCUACUUCCCAAACUGCUCAAAGUGUCUGCUUUUGUGGAGGAGGGGCAGGAUUGCACUAUGUUUGAACCAAAUUUGAUUAUACCAAUGAUCGUAGUAACCUUAGCAAUCAGAUCUCUGAUAGAAAAAAAUGAGAAAUAGAAGAAUAUUAUCUUGCAUUAAUGACAAUGAAACGUAUUGUGCUGUGCAGUCUAAUUCCUUUGUGUGUAUUCAGGUGAACAUUUUGGGAGCAAUUUUAUUUAUAAUAACGCUACUAUACAGUAUAUUUCUUGAUAGUGUUAUGAAGGCCUGUUGUAUGUUGGUUGUGCUGAUCCGAAGUAUUGACUCGGUCCGUGCUCGUGUGCAUGUGUUUGCAUGAGUGAGUGCACAUGCCAUCUUUAAAUCUUUUUAUUUUGGUCGUGUUUUAUUUAAUUUUUUUGUUUUGGAUGUUUUUUCCUCGCACACAUUCAUUUUCUUUUUCUGGCUGCUAUGUGUGUUUAGUGACUUGCCACUAUGCAACAGCAGACAUAGAGGCCAGUGCCCGUAGCUGUCUUGCCCUUUGUACGGAGCGUAAUGUACAUAAUAUCUGCUCCAAAGCCUGUGAACGCUUCAAAUAGUGUAGUCAACUGUUGCAUGGUCUGGCAAACGAAGCUAUUAUUUGAGUUGUACUAUGUACUAAGUGUAUGGAGAGGAAAUACAAGUUUCUGAUAUUCAUGUGCAAUACACUGAACAUAUUUUUCUGUUAUUAUUGUUGUUUUGCUCUUGUUUGCUUUGUUCCUCUUGUGAUGUCUCUUUCAUGUCCAUCAGCCUUGCUGAUAUUAAAUGGAGAUGAGGGUUCGAUGGGUCAGAAGAACACCAGGAUGUUGACUUAAUGACGAGGGUCUCUCUCUCUCUCUCUCGUUCUCUCUCUAUCUCAUUUUCUCUCUCAUGUAUAUAGAGCAUAAACUGUGGAAUGUAGCUUAAAAAAGUGUGCUUGCUCAUAAUUUAUUUUCUAUCGUACACAUAGUGACCCUCUUGUGUCAGUAAGCAGGUCAUUUCCUGCUUAUGCAUGUUUCAGAUAACUAAGCCUUGUUAUUACACAGCUCCAUGAUUCUUACACAAGGCUUUCCCUGUCCAUCUUAUACAUUUAAUAGUGAAGUUUGUUAUUUAUAAAAUGUGAACAAACAUGAUGGAGAGGUCAAUAAGAGAAACAGGGUACAUUUCAGGCGCACUAAUUAAACCUUACUGGAAUGUGAGAACUUUGCUUGAACAACUCAGUGGCAAUUUGACAAAUCUUUAGAGUUUUGUUUUCGAGUCGUUCUUUUUGACCGUUCAUCACUUCUAUGUUAUAUUUCCCUUGGUUGUAAGUGUAUAUUAUUUGAUUAUUAUUAUUCUUUGUUAUUUAAAUGUUUGUAGCUCCUUUCCGUCACAUGCCAAACAUUUCUUUUUCUCUGCUUUUUUCUUUCCACAUUCUUUUUUACUGUAAAUGAAUGAAUUUCGAUAUUUAGAAAUCCACAAUGGUCUGUCUUCUAAGUAAAUGAAAAGAAAUAGAUAAAAUAUUACCUCUGAAAUUAAGUAAAAUGUUUGUCUGGCUGAAUAUUAAAUAUUUGUGCAUACAGUAUUACAAUACAUAAGCAUUUCAUAAUGUAUGAUAGUGCUGUAUGUAUUAUAUACAUAUUGUAUUAGAUUUUAGUUUGUUUGGUGAAGCUUUGUGUGAACUGAGAUCUCUCUCUCUCUCUCUCUCUCUUUCUUUUAGUGUAAACAUUUUAUUAUGUGCCAAACGUACUGUAAUCUAAAGGAUGUGAAUGUGUUUGGUUUUUCUUUUUGAUCCUAUUAAAUACUAUGAUGUCAAAACCUGA